GCCGCGGAAAGCUGAGGGAGCCGCGGCUGCAUCCUCGGUUAAAAAAAAAAAGCGCCAACGUCUCCACGACGAAUCCAGCGCUUAAGCGACACUCGUGUACCGCCCUUCUUCUGCCAGCCACGGCCCCCCGCCGUCCUUCCACCGAAAGCCGAUUCCAGGCACGGACCGCGCCGCAGUUUCGGUUUCCUCGCCAGGCACGCCUUCUCUUACGUUUGGGAAGUCCAGCCGCCCAAAAGCAGCCCGGAGGGAGACAAGACGCGCGUCGUUCUGGAGAACUUGCCCGUUUUUUUUGUUCUCCCCUUUAGGCGAUCGGAGGUGAGGAUCCUUCAAUCAUGCCGGGCGCACGGAAGAGACGCUCCGUCUCCGCCGCUGGUUCUCCGGCAGGCUCGGUUUCCAGACCCCCGCGCCGCCUCCGGGAGCCUGAAGGGAAAGUUGCCGAAAAGGUGCGCGAACAGCGAUCCCAAGAAGAGGAUCGGUCGGAUUCUGCCGCGGUCUCUCCGCCGCCCCUCGGACCCCCGUUGCUCUUGUUCCCCAGGGCCGGGGUCCACCGCAGCAUCUUCAAAGAGGAUCCUGAAGCCGUUUGCCAGAUCAGCUGUAAGCAAGGUUACCUAGCGGUGGCGCAGACGCCGAAAACCGUGCAUCUUUUCGGCCGGGGGCAAGACGAAGCGCACCAGCCCCUCGUGGAAAGUCACAGGAGCAUCCAGUUAAAAGAGAAGAUACACUCACUGGAUUGUGAAGCAUCUCACCUGCUUAUUCUCUCAUCAAAUGGAAAACUUUCAGAGCAUGAUAUUACAACCAAAACCACACAAAUAAGGCUACUGAAAGAAUUAGGAAACAAACAAAUUGUUCAGAUUGCAUGUGGUGACCGUCAUUCCAUGGCUCUUUCAAAAGGAGGAGAACUCUUUGCCUGGGGUGAGAAUGAACAUGGCCAGCUUGGAAUGGGAAAGGUGAUGGGUCACAUUAAGGAACCGCAGCUGGUACAAGCAUUGGAAGGCAUUCCUUUGAUUAACAUUGCAGCGGGAUCUGCUCACAGCAUGGUUGUCUCUCUGUUUGGGACUGUUUACUCUUGGGGAAAGAAUCUGUAUGGACAACUUGGCCUUGGAGACACAGAAGAUAGAUACAUUCCUGAAUAUGUGAAGGCGUUAGAGCAUAAGAAGACGGUUUUUAUUUCAUGUGGUGGCGAGCACACUGCAGUUCUGUCAAAGGACGGAUUAGUCUGCACCUUUGGAUCUGGCUGCUUUGGACAGCUUGGCCACAAUUCCACCCGCAACGAGCUGUUUCCACGUCUUGUGGCAGAGCUGUUUGGUGCACGAGUGACCCAGGUGGCCUGCGGAAGAUGGCACACUUUGGUUUAUGUCCCGGCACUUGGGGAAAUAUAUUCAUUUGGCUAUGGAGCAGAAGGGCAACAUGGAGAAGGAAGAACAAGUGACCAGCUGGUUCCUCUUCCUCUCAGUCUGGCUAUUCAUGACAAACACAUGAAGAACAGAAGUACCUUGGACAAGGUAGUUAAAAUCAUUGCCGGAGACAACCAAAGUAUUGUGCUUCGCCUGGAGGAAAAGAAUGCAUACACUGUAAUGCAAACACUGGCCACAGUGGAUGAGGAGAAGGUUGCUAAGUGGUUGUCCAAUUCAGAUCGCAGCUUCUGGAAUAAUAUCAAAUGGAAUAUUAACUUGAUCUUCUCAUCAGCAGCUUGCAUCAAUGGCAGCUUUCUACAACAGAGAGAGGAAAAAUUCAGAACAUUUGAAAAGACUGUUGGUGUUGAUAUGUCAGCUGUUCUUCUUUUCUUUAAGAAGAUUGCCGCUAAGCCUAAAGUCUUCGCAAAGGUGAAAAGCGCUCUGAAGAUCCUUCUGCAUUGUCCCCUUCACGCUCCAACCUCGCCAGAAGCGCUCAGGUUCUUCCUCGUUGUGCCCGUACUGUUACAAAAUCAAGAUUUCGAUCUCCUUAGUCAACUGGCAGAAGCAAUCUACAAACUCCCACAGAAAGGCAAGCAAGCACUUGAGACUCUAUGGUCCAAUUUAGAAGUGUGCUUCUUUAAGGAUGUGGUGUCCAUGUUUCAAAGGUUUAUUGGUGUUAACAUGUUUUUGAAGUAUAAAGAGAACAGCGAUUGGUGUUUCAACAAAAGGGAAUGUAUUAUGUCUCUUAAGGUUUUCCAAAUGCUUUUUGAGGUAAAUUGCAGGUCUGGCUUCAAAAUUCAUGAAAGCAAUUUUUAUGUACCUGAAGUAAAGAAGAUAAUUUUAAAUUUGGAUGAGUUCCCAUUGGAUUUCAAUUUCUUGUUACGGAUUGAGUCGGCAUGUUCUGAUAAAAACCUGGCUUUAUAUGUGUUCAGCCAAUUUCCUUUCAUCUUGAAUCUUGAAGAUAAAAUUGUGGUUCAUGAAACAAAUUGCAAAAUAUUGGACCUAGCGACAUACAAUCCACCCUCGACAAUGACUGUAAGGGAGCAGGAUUUACUACAGGAUACCUGGCGCUAUCUAAGAAAUGCAGAAGAAAUUUGCUUUCGGCAAUCUUUUCAAGUGCAUUUUGAAGGAGAACCUGAUAUCAAGUAUGGGGGCCUGAUCCAGGAUUUCUUCACAACCAUCAGCAGAAAACUGUGUAUUCCAAAAGCACAAGUAUUUAGGCACUUUGAAGAUUCGCACCAUAUUUGGUUCUCUCAUGAGGUAUCAACAGAGGAAGACAUAUAUUUUUUAAUUGGGAACCUGUUUGGAAUAGCGCUCCAAAAUAAGUCGAUAAUUGCUUUGCCCUUCCCCCUUGCGUUGUUCAAGAAAUUGGCAAAUAUAGAGCCAACGCUGGAAGAUUUAAAAGAACUCUCUCCUGAUAUUGGACGUAUUCUUCAGCUCAUACUGGAUGAACGCUAUGAUGACAACUUUAAAGGGAUGAUGUUGGAUUUCACGGUGGUUGAAGAGCGUAAAGGAUCCAUGAUUGAGGUUGAAUUGAAAGAAAACGGUGCCAACAUACCUGUUACUUUAUACAACAGAAAAGAAUACGUUGAUGCUUAUGUGAAUUACAUAUUUAAUGAUUCCGUGAAGAAGCAGUUUGAGGACUUCGCACGUGGAUUUCAAAGAGGUUGCCCAAGUGCAACGUGGAAAAUGUUUCUUCCUCUUGAGCUCCGCAAUAUCCUGUUUGGACAUACCACAUACAACUGGGACCAGUUAGAAAAGAAUGCCAAAUACGAAGGUUUUGAAGCGUCAGAUGAAACCAUCAAGAAUUUUUGGACAGUCUUCCAUGACUUUCAUGAGGAAAACAAGAAGGAUUUUCUUGCUUUUCUCACAGGAACUGUUCACAUUCCAGGAGGAGGGAUGGACAAUUUCUCCAUAACUAUUGUUAAUGUAAAUGAAGCCAAUCCAGACGAGGCACUCCCCAAAAUUCACAGUUGCACCAGACGUUUGUAUCUCCCGAGAUACACUAAUAAACACAUUCUUAAAAAAAUGUUAUUGUGUCCUAUGGAGAACUUUAGAGACGUUGGCCUGGCCUGAAAGCCAGGUGUGGUCUUCAUUCUGCUACAAUACUUGGACAUUUGGUUCUUAUGCCCAGGAGGGCUAGAAUAUUUAAAUUCAGUAUCCUGCAUCGCCAUGCAGUUUUCCUGAGUGAUCUUGAACGAAUGUGUUGGCAUGAUGGUAAUAGAGCAAUGAGCCUUUGUACAGACCAGUGAUUCUUGAAGAAAAAAAGAAUAAAUAAAUAAUUAUGUAA